AAAACCGCGUGACGUUUUCGGAAGUGGGCAGAGCUGCAACGUUCGACUCGGUAAACUCGCUGCGAAAGUUCUUGAUACUUUUAGAAAAUUCUCGAACUUUCCGUAACGCUUUAAAAGGGGAGGAGAUGGGGCGGAUUAGCGAGCUUGGAAUUACGUUUCCGUGAAGAAAGGCAGGUUAUCUUCGCCAAAUAUAGCUGCUUUCUGGACGGACUACUUCGUGGUUAAAACGUCGUAAAUGAGGAAGAUGGGAAAGGACUACUACAGUAUUUUGGGAAUCCAGAAGGGCGCAUCCGACGACGAGAUCAAAAAAGCGUACCGUAAACAAGCUUUAAAAUAUCACCCAGACAAAAACAAGUCGCCGGACGCCGAAGAAAAAUUCAAAGAGAUUGCGGAAGCCUAUGAUGUUUUGAGCGAUCCCAAAAAGAAAGACGUAUAUGAUAAAUUUGGGGAAGAUGGCCUGAAAGGUGGUGCAGGUGGAGGUAGUGCAAAUGGCCCUGGCUUCACAUACACAUUCCAGGGGGACCCUCACGCCAUGUUUGCGGAAUUCUUCGGGGGCCGGGACCCCUUCGAGCACUUCUUCGGCCGUGUUGGCGGUGGUGCAAAUGAGGACAUGGAUGUGGACGACCCCUUUCUUAACUUUGGCAUGGGCGGACUGGGCCGAGGGCGGCCUUUCGGCAUGCAUGGAGGCCAUGGUGGGCGAAUGGAAAAGAAGCAGGACCCACCGGUGACCCAUGACCUCAGGGUCAGCCUGGAAGAGGUGUUUUCCGGCUGCACCAAGAAGAUGAAGAUCUCUCGCAAGCGUCUGAAUCCAGAUGGCAGGACGACGCGGUCUGAGGACAAGAUCCUCACAGUGGAGGUGAAGAAGGGUUGGAAGGAGGGCACCAAGGUCACCUUCCCAAGAGAGGGUGACGAGACGCCCACUAACAUCCCUGCUGACAUAGUGUUUGUGGUGAGAGACAAACCACACCCAUUGUUCAGGCGGGAUGGCUCUGACAUCAUUUACCCAGCCAGAGUGUCGCUCAAAGAGGCUCUCUGUGGUUGCACAGUAAAGACCCCUACGUUAGAUGGUCGUACCCUCACUUUGCCCAUACAGGACAUUAUUCGGCCAGGCAUGAAGAGACGAUUUACAGGGGAGGGGCUCCCCUUACCUAAAACCCCGGAUCGCCGCGGUGACAUCAUAGUAGAGUUUGAAGUAAAGUUCCCUGAGAGGCUAAGCCAAAAUGCCAGGGACACCAUUGCUCAAGUACUGCCCUCAUCCUGAACUGCUGCUGGGAUGGUCAAGGAAGUGCCCUAUGCUUACAGACAGUGUUGGGGUGAGGUUUCACACCUGUGUUUGUUCCUAACCUGACUUGGAACUCUGAGCUGAAAGUCUGUGGCAGCCAGUGAGUUUUCUCUGUAAAGAGAUGCUGCCAGGCUGGACCCCCUCCUGUCCAGAAGCCCCCUCCAGCUGUGCAUUCCUUCCUCAGAUUCUUUGGAGGGUGGCUUUUCAUGUGUGUGAACGCAGUUUCCGGGACACUAAAAACUACAUUAACUGUAGUUGACUGGUUGAAAGGAAACACUAGCUCCACGGUUAACACACAACCCUUUCUUUUUAUUUUGCUUUUUUUUCCUUCUUUUUUGUGUAUGCACUGUUUGAAAUGUGAGCUUGCCUUGUGUUUUUGGUGGUUCUAUUUAUUUUGGGUUUAGUUUUCUUUCUUUUUUUCCUCUAUUUUCCCCAUCUCUGUCCCAGUGUACAGUAAAGGAUAAGAAAUGGUUCCCUGCCUUUGUGCUACACUGACCACCAGAAUUGUAUUGGAUUGUAGUAAUGCUACAUUAAUUAGAUUGUAGUAUUAAUUAACAUUUGACCAAAGAUUGAUCAUGUUUAGUUCAAUCUUUUCUACUUUUAAACCUUUUGAAUUCUGUCAGUAAAAGUGAUUGAAUGAUAUGCAUAUGAAUGGGGUACAGUUAUACUUACAGGUGGUAGAAUGGGGGGGUGUCCUUGCUUGGUCCAUAAAGUGGUGGGAUGGUGGUAGCUUAAGUGUUGUUGAUAGCAGUUGUUCAUAUGAUCUACAUUUUAGCUCAAGGCUCCUCAAUGAGUGAAGCUCAAGAAAAACACCCACAGAAAUAAGUGGUAAAUAAGUUAUCUGAUUACUUUAAUCUCUGAGGAGAAAUAAUGGAUAUGUUUCAGCACCUGCGAUUAGGCAGCAGUCAUAUAAACAUGCCAUACAAUAGGCAAUAGUACAUGCAGAAAUUGUGUGAUUUAUUUUUAUAUAUACACACACACUUUAAAAAAAAUUCCUUUAAAUGUAAGUAUACAGGGUCAUGGUUAAGUAAUAAUAUUGUUUAUUUAGUUAUGGAAUAUUCUAUGGGUUAAUAUUUAAUUUUAAGAUGGAAUUGCGUUGGAAACUGCUGCUUUAGGAUUGUUGGAUAAAGAUAGUCUAGCCUGGGUUUAUUGUAACUCCAGAUGCCAUCUAAUUGAGUAUGUGUCUGCUUUGUGCCUGUGGCCAUAAGCUUAUAUUGUUUAAAGCUUAUUGCAGCAAAAGUGUUUUGAUGGAAAUUAAAGUGGACAGAUAAGAGUA